AGGAUCGACAUCGUGUCCCUUCGGGGUAUUGGUUCUUGAGAUGUGGACGCCCGAUCCGGCUGUGUCUGUGAAUUGCGCAGUGGACCCGAUCACAAAAUGAAACCGCCGGAAAUGGCUGCGAGUGGGAUGAUGAGGACCCGAUGGAAGUUCAAUUGACCAACUGAGAUCGCCACCGAUGAUUGCGACAGAUGAUUCAGCAUCUCUGAAUCACGAAACGAAAAAUGAGAACGCUAAUCCCAACUGCACCACGGAUUUCUUGUAUCGUUUUUAUCCGGAAGAAGAGAAGAAUAUUUUCAUCACGAGAAGGAAUGCGCCACAAAUGCAGGAAGGAGAGUCGUCGAGUCCGAUUGGCGGAAACAAUGGCACAAAAAACGGUUGCGAACUGAGUUUAAUGGAUGAUACGGAAGAAAUGAGUAACCCGGUUCUUCAAGCACAGCCCAGCAUCCCUGGGGUGCAGGGCAAAGAAGGAAAGUUUAUCGCGCGGGGAACUCAACGUGGCAAGGGUAUCGCCGUUUUCACCAGUGGAGGAGAUGCCCAAGGUAUGAAUGGCGCUGUUCGAGCUGUCAUUCGAAUGGGAAUAUACUUGGGAGCGAAGGUUUAUUUCAUCAAGGAGGGCUAUCAGGGUAUGGUGGAUGGUGGAGACAACCUGGUUGAAGCCUCGUGGUCGUCUGUUUCCGGGAUCAUUCACAAAGGCGGCACUGUGAUCGGCUCUGCUCGUUGUAAAGAUUUCCGUGAACGAUGGGGCAGACUGAAGGCCGCAAAAAAUCUAGUGAAAAAGAACAUUACGAAUUUGGUUUGUAUCGGAGGCGAUGGCUCUCUGACUGGUGCUAAUCUCUUUCGUGUGGAAUGGAGCUCUCUUCUGGACGAGUUGCUUUCAACAGAUGAAAUAACGAAAGAAGAAAGAGAAAAUUGCGCGAAUUUGAACAUCGUUGGUAUGGUUGGAUCCAUCGACAACGAUUUUUGUGGAACCGACAUGACGAUUGGCACUGAUUCUGCAUUGCAUAGAAUCAUUGAAGCAAUCGAUGCAAUUGCAGCCACCGCGUAUUCCCAUCAAAGAACUUUCAUUAUGGAAGUUAUGGGAAGACACUGUGGUUAUCUUGCGCUUGUUGCUGCUCUCGCAAGUGAAGCAGAUUUUGUUUUUAUUCCCGAAUGGCCCCCGGAGUCGAAUUGGCCCGAAAUUCUCUGCAAAAAGCUUGCUCAAGAACGAGCGAUGGGUCUGCGGUUGAACAUCAUUAUUGUUGCAGAAGGAGCGAUUGAUCGCGAAGGCCGACCGAUUACCGCGGAGCAAAUAAAAAAAGUUGUCGUCGACAACCUGAAACAAGAUACUCGUAUCACUGUACUUGGUCAUGUGCAGCGUGGUGGAAGUCCAUCUGCAUUUGAUCGAAUUUUGGGAUGUCGUAUGGGUGCUGAAGCUGUGCUGGCUCUCUUCGAGAUGAAGCCUGACUCAGAAGCUGUUGUAGUUUCAUUGGAUGGAAAUCAAGCAGUUCGUGUGCCUCUGAUGGCCUGCGUUGAAAAAACCAAAGCCGUCGCCGCUGCCAUGGCUGCGAAGGAGUGGGAGAAGGCUGUAGAACUUCGUGGCAGGAGUUUUGUCCGUAAUCUGGAAACGUACAAAAUGUUGACGCGAUUGAGACCACCUCGAAGCGUGGUGGAUCCUGAGGGCUUUGGAACCGGAGGAUUCACUAUGGCCGUGGUUCACAUUGGAGCCCCAGCGUGCGGAAUGAACGCUGCUGUGCGUUCCUUCGUACGAAAUUGCAUUUAUCGUGGUGAUACCGUUUACGGCAUUCAUGAUGGUAUUGAAGGAUUAAUUGAAGGCAAUAUUCAAAAAUUAAACUGGUCAGACGUGAACGGCUGGGUUGGACAAGGUGGCGCAUUCUUGGGAACAAAGCGCACACUGCCUGAGAAAUACUUGCCGCAGAUCGCGGAGAAACUCAAGGUUUAUGGAAUCCAGGGUCUGCUCGUCAUUGGUGGUUUUGAGGCGUACCAAGCCGUACAGCAGCUUGCCGAUGCAAGAGGAGAAUACCCCGCAUUCUGCAUUCCCAUGAUUGUCAUCCCGUCAACGAUUUCCAACAAUGUUCCGGGUACAGAUUUCUCCCUUGGGUGUGACACUGCUUUGAACGAGAUCAGCGAGAUUUGCGACCGAAUUCGUCAAUCCGCACAAGGAACAAAGCGACGUGUAUUUGUCAUCGAAACGAUGGGUGGUUAUUGUGGUUACCUUUGCACUCUGGCUGGCUUGGCUGGUGGAGCCGAUGCCGCGUACAUUUUGGAGGAACCUUUCCGAAUCAAAGAUCUGCAAGAGGACGUGCAACACAUGUCCUCAAAAAUGGCUGAAGGAGUUCAACGUGGAUUGAUUCUGAGAAAUGAAAACGCUAAUCCCAACUACACCACGGAUUUCUUGUAUCGGUUGUAUUCGGAGGAAGGAAAGAAUAUCUUCAGCACAAGAAUGAAUGUUUUAGGCCACAUGCAGCAAGGAGGGUCGCCGAGUCCGUUUGACAGAAACAUGGGCACGAAGAUGGCUGCAAAGUGUGUCGAAUGGAUGAUUCGUAAGUUGGAGCAGGGAAGAAAUGAAGAUGGAAGCAUCUUCAUCGAUACCCCGGACAGUGCCGUUCUUCUUGGUAUCGUUCGACGUCAAUACUGCUUCACUCCAGUUCAGCAUCUGAGGGAAUACACUGAUUAUAAGCACCGCAUCCCAAAAUUCCAGUGGUGGUUGAAACUGCGUCCAUUGCUGCGUAUUUUGGCAAAGCAUCAUGCAACCUACGAAGAGGAUGUUGAAGUGCUGCUUGAAGAGAAUCUAGAGGAAGAAAAUGCAAUCUCGUAAAUAUUUGGAGUGCGAUCCCCGUUCAUCGAUGACUCGAAGUCCUUGUGCUUAACUCACGACAAGUAUAUCCCGACCCGCACUCCGACAUCCGUGAUGUAGUACAGUACUCUCUGAAAUUCCUUCUGUAAGUUCGACAACUUCGCUGAUGUAGCCUGAUGAAUCGUGUUCAAUUGAUGCAUUUAGACGGCAAUCCAUAGAAAAAAGUCAUGACGGUUAACGGGACAGAAACGUGCAUUGUUAUUGAAGAAUCGCUCGUGUGUUGUUUGAAGCGGCUGAAAUGAGAAACUUUUAGAUGAACGACGUGCAAUAAUUUAAUGUGAAUGGCGUUGUAAAGUAGUGUAGCUCUAGUCCGUCAUCGAGGCUCAUUGCUGCUUACCGCCGACAUUGUUAUUUUGGGCGACAUUGUGAGCAUUCGACUAUUUUGGUCGAGUCUGUUCGCAUCAAAUCGUUCGAGUUGUUGGAUUAUCAGUUGUUGCUUUGACCCCCGGAUCAAUGAAUCGUCAUAUGAACUCGUCGAUUGGGAAAUUGUUGGAUAGCUGCGGGCCUCCUUGUUUAGAGUCCUCAGUGCUGCAAUGUUAUACUGUACUGAAGUGCCAUGUGUUUUUGACCAUGAACAGAUGAUCAGAAGAGUGGUAAAAGUCCGUUGUGUUCGCGAUUUUGAGAGGUUGGUAAUAUUCAACGGUUAAGCUGUGGUUGUGAGAUGACUGAACCUCUCUGAUUAUGAUGUUGCAUGGAUUUGCUUUUCCCGAAUAAACUUGGAAAUUAGGGUGGGGAUUUCCUAUGCAUCUAUGUGCUUGACGAUUUGAGUCCUGUAUUGCGAAUCUUCCACGAUCAAUCUCUUAUUUAAGAUGAUCAGAGAAAUAGAAUGUUUCAAUAUCGAA